CUCUCUCUCUCUCUCCACUUCACUUCGCCCGUCACUGACCUUUUUCCUUCCCUCCCCUGUUUCUCUCUCCGCUAUUUCUCCCUCUAUAUCUAUACAAUAGUACAAUAAUUUUCAGAAGUUUAUUAGGGUUCAACGAUUCUGUGUGGGUCUGUGAGCGCAUAUAAUACGAUCGACUACUGAGGUGAAAGUUAUCUGAUGGCGAACACUCGCGUUGGCAGCAACGGCGAGGCGGAGCCGGUGAAGCCGACGGCGCUGACAAAGUCUGCUUCGUUCAAGUCGCGGAGGAAGCCGGCUUCUUCUGCCUCCCGAGCCGGCUCUGAGGUCGACGACUUCAUCAACCUCUUGCACGGCUCCGAUCCGGUCCGGGUCGAGCUCAGUCGCCUCGAGAACGAUGUCCGAGAUAAGGACAGGGAAUUGGGAGAUGCACAUGCAGAAAUCAAGGCGUUGAAGUACUCUGAACGUCUAAAGGAGAAGGCAGUAGAAGAGCUAAGUGAAGAGCUGAAGAAAGUAGAUGAGAAGCUAAAAGCGACUGAAGAUAAUCUAGAAAGCAAGAACUUAGAGCUUAAGAAGAUAAAUGAGGAGAAAAAAGCAGCUCUGGCUGCACAAUUUGCUGCAGAAGCAACCCUUCGAAGAGUCCAUGCUGCCCAGAAAGAUGAUGAGAUGCCGCCUAUUGAGGCCAUUAUUGCUCCACUGGAGGCAGAGCUGAAAUUAGCUCGCUUGGAGGUGGCAAAGUUGCUGGAUGAUAACCGAGCAUUGGAUCGCCUUACCAAAUCUAAGGAGGCUGCUUUGUUGGAGGCUGAGAAAACUGUUCAGAUGGCUUUGGCAAAAGCAGCCUUGGUCGAUGAUCUACUAAACAAAAACCAAGAGCUAAUGAAGCAGAUAGAAAUAUGCCAGGAGGAAAAUAGAAUUUUGGACAAAAUGAAUCGGCAGAAGGUUGCAGAGGUUGAAAAACUAACCCAAACUGUUCGUGAGCUUGAGGAAGCAGUUUUGGCUGGUGGAGCUGCUGCGAACGCUGUUCGUGAUUACCAGAGAAAAGUGCAAGAGAUGAAUGAGGAGAAAAGAAUUUUGGAUAGAGAACUUGCUCGAGCAAAGAUCAGUGCAAAUAGGGUUGCUGUUGUAGUUGCAAAUGAGUGGAAAGAUGCCAACGACAAAGUAAUGCCUGUUAAGCAAUGGCUUGAAGAAAGAAGAUUCUUUCAGGGAGAGAUGCAACAGCUUCGAGACAAGCUAGCAAUAGCAGAGCGCACUGCAAAGGCUGAAGCACAGUUGAAAGACAAAUACCAAUUGCGAUUUAAAGUUUUGGAGGAAAAACUUAAAGCAUCUCCUAACGGUUUUUCCCGCACACCCAAGGAAGAAAGAAGCAUACGCAAUGGACACUUGCGCCGCCAGUCUCUUGGUGGAGUGGAAAAUCUGUCCAGAGCUACGUCAAAUGGCUUUUUAUCCAAGAAAACAAAUAGUCAAUGUGGGUCAUUUCAGUCCAUUAAAGCUAGUGCAUUAUUACAACAUGCAACUAUCUCAUCUGGGUCAUUUGACGGUGGAAGUAGAUCAGUGGACAGAGAUAAGUUAGUUACAAAUCCAACUGAGAAAUAUGAUGGACUCCCUGAUGCUGCUGAUCAAAUCCACAGUAAGAUGAUUAAACCACACGAGGAGAAUGGAUUUUCUAUUGAUAAAACAAAAACAGAACGAGACGAUUGUGUUUCUGGAAUGUUGUACGAUAUGAUACAGAAAGAGGUGCUAACUUUACGGAAAGUUUGCCGUGAGAAAGAUCAGAGCCUUAAAGACAAAGAUGAUGCAAUUGAGAUGUUGGCGAAGAAGGUAGAAACAUUAAAUAAGGCAAUGGAAGUUGAGGCCAAAAAAAUGAGGAGAGAAGUAGCUGCCAUGGAAAAGGAAGUUGGACGCCUCAGUGGUACCCGCGGAGCUGUAAAUGGUGUUCUGUCUCAUUCAUCAAGGAAUACACGAAAUCCGUAGGUAGCAGAUGGGUGAUGGACUAUUUACAAUGCCAGAGAUCAACAUAUUGGAAGUUAAGCUGUGCAGGCAAAUGUUGUGUGUAUUUACCAUGAAUUUUCUCCCUUAACUUCUUGUCAGCUUUUUAUUACAGCUCCGUUGUCUCGGUCCAUCAGCCGAUUUGUAAAGAACUGACUUCAGGUGUUCUAGGAGAUUAUAUUGAUCUUGUAUAUUUUAGUGUUAUAAUGUUACUCUCAAACGUAUCCGCAAGUGUGCUGCGAAUUUAUUUUUAAGAGUUGGUUUUGCACUAUCCAUAGAAACGAGACGCAAGGGAAGCUCAGUUCUGAUA